AUGUUUAUACUUUUGCUGAUUCCAUAUCUGAUUAAUGCUAAAUCUAAUUUUAUAAACAUUGGAAAAACAUAUGAAGGAUAAUUAAAUUUCAAGACUGACAACUCACUUGGCCACAGUUAUUACUUUGAAAUUUCUGAGCUCUUGGAUAACGCAGAUAUCAUCAUUAUUGUUAGUCAAUAGACUCCUUAAGGCGAUCCCAAUAUCUUUUUGUCCCUCUUAAAUCCUGAACCAUAUUCAAUCGAACAAAGCGAACUAGGAUAUUGUUUAUCGCAAGGAAGCGACUUGUGUGUCAUCGACAAAAAGGACAUUUAAAUUGAUAAACACUAUUAUAUUGGAAUUACCUGUUUUGAAGAUUGCAAAUAUACCUUAAAGGUGAAUUAUGAUUUAGAAUAAAAAAUGUCAAUGAGUAAUUCAAUAUUCAACUAUUUAGAUGAUCUAUUAAGAUUUAAGAUGAAUGAAGGAUCUUCAAGUUAGAUUGUGAAAAUUUAAAUUGAUCACACCCUCAAUAUUGAGGAAUUGGAAAUUACAGGCGCUAUCAUUAAUUACUUUGAGAUAGAAAAUCCUUUUCAUAUGUAUUUAAAUGUGGGUGACACCCUCCCAAGUUCAUAACAGUCAGAUUACGUGGGUAAAGAUUUCUUGAAUGGUCUCAAAUAUCUUAUUUUACCUUGGGUUGAAAUCAACAAUUCUUCCAUUUUAACAAUUAUAGUGGAAUCGCAGAUAGGAUCAUUAAUUGAAUUAAAAACUAAAACGAAUGAGAGAAUAAGAAAAAGAUCUUACGAUAUUCUGAUCUCAGGGGAAGUGGAUUUAAAUUCGUUUCAUCAUUAUUAAAUUGAGAAGAAAUAAAAUGGAUAAGAAAUUACUUAAAAUUAUUUGUCAAUAUAAUUGAAGCCCUAUUCAGGUUUAAUUACUGUCUAUUUUAACUUUAAAUAAGAAUUGCCAUUAUCCUUUGAAGAUUAUGAAUACAAAUAUAAAAUAAACUAAACUUCCAUUAUCUAAUUUUCAGAUUUGGACUUAAAAAAUUAUAUGCAGAUUAAAUCUAUCGAUAUUAUCAUUUUUGGUAACGAAUUAUCAAGUUAUUAAUUUAUUGUUAUUCCAUAGAACAAGAUUGAGCAUAUAAAAUAAAAUAUAUAUUAUUAGGGGAGAGUCUAUAAGGAUUAAUUUCUUUAAGUGUCUUUCGAUCUAAGAUCUGACUUAAUGAGUGGUAAAUUUAGCUUAUAAAUGGAAUCUGAAAACAAUGAUGUUGUAAUCAUUAUAAAAAAAAGCCGAAUAUAAGAUGAAAAAAUACCAGAAAUAGAUAUUAAAAAUAAGGAUCAACUUGAAUCUGAGGAUCCUUCAAAACUAUUCAUUUUCACUAAAAAAGAUAAGUAAAGCCUAAGUUUCUAACCUGAUUUUUCCAUUUAAGCCUUUAAUGUAAAUAUUGGGCUCUACACUCUUGGAAUCUAUUUGAACGAAAGUGAAAGGAAUUUUAGUUCUUACUCUUUUAUUUUGCGAAGUGAACUAAAAUUUAAACGACUGAAGGAUAAUACUCCGUAUAAAAGUGUUGUUACAAAAGAAUCUUACUCAUAUUUUUAAUAUGUUCUGAAUCCUAUCGAAAAUUUCGAAGAAAUGCAAAUAAUGCUAAUAUCAAUAUAGGGUUCUUACGUUCUUUUAUCAUCUACUAAAGAUUAUCCUAAUAAAACCAACUAUGAAUAAAUUGGAGACAAUGAUGUUAUCAUUUAUCGUCUUUAGGAAACCUUAAAGAAUCCUCAAGUCUACUUUAUUUCAGUAUAUUGUUAGACUGCUGGUAUUUUUACAAUUACAGUCGUAAUUAAGAUUGCAAACAAUCAGAAAUAAUUGGGCACCUAUCCUUGGGAAUACACUUAAAUAUUCGAAGGGGAUUCUUAAUUUCACGUACUAAAUAAUGAUAACAAUUAAACUGUGGGCCUAUUCAAAAUUGACCUCACACAGUAAUUAGAUAUCAGAUUAAAUUCAAUUAAUUCAUUCAAUAAAAAAAAACAACUUAUCAGUAUUCAUAUUCUAUCACCUCUGGGUGGGAUCGUGAUGCAUGGAUUUGUAAGUCCUUCAUCAAAUAAGAAUGGGUCUAUAUGGACAGAUCCUAUAGAGAUUUAAGUUUAUUUGUAACAAUUGAAUGGUGAAUAAGCUGUAUUUCUAAGAAUAGAGUUGCAAGAACAUUACAACUAUUCAACUUAUAAGAUAGCUAUUCAUUCAAUGUUUUAGAGUUAACGCUAAGUUUAAGAGAUAAUUGAAAAUGAACAUUACUUUGGUUAUAUUGAAUAAAUGGGAUAAUUGUUAUUAUUUAGAUACAAUUAAGUGCAAGACUAUUCAAUAAUUAAAAACACUGAAGAUAAGGGGAAUAGCAUAAGAGUUUCAGUUAUUUUAAAGAAUGAAACUCUAACAACAUAUGAGUCCACAUUAUUAAUUCCAAAGGAGAAGUUGAAAGAAGAAAGAUGCAAAAAGGAAGAUUUAGAAUUAAAUUAUUGUUUUUUUUAUAUUCAAAUAUCUACCAAAAAGUCAGGCUUUUAUACUUUAAUUAUCUCUCAUGAAAAUAAUGAAAUAUCACUCCAUAUGGAUUAAGUUAUCUACCACAAAUUACCUAAAGAGAGUGAUCAUUAUUAUUCUUUAAUUGAUGAAAGGGAUUCCAAUAUUAUUGUUAAAAAUCUUAAUCAAAAUGUUUAGCUCUAAAUAUUGGUGAUUAUUUUCUAAGCAUAAGCUAAUUAAUUAUACCCCUAUCCAUAAGUUGAAACCGAAUCCAAUUUAUUUAAGGUGUCAAAAAAUUUCAAUGGGUUUCAUACUAGUUAGGUUUCUAUUUUUAAGGAUGAGGUUGCUAAAUAAUUCAACUCCUCAAAUAGAUGCAUGAUAGCAAUUACGAUUAGACAAGUUCCUCACUUUAAUUAUACAAUUAAUUCAAAUAGUGUGUAUUCUAUAAUAUAUUCUUCGGGAAGUAGACAAUUGUCAUUGAAGAGUUUUCUACCUGGUAAAAUAUCGAAAGGAUAUACAGCUUAUUAUAGAGUAUAAAUUACAGAUGAGGAUACUGAAUUAAUAAUAUUGUUAUAGGAAAACAACCUCUGUGAUGCUACGAUAAUAAUAUCGAAGGAUGAAUUCCCAAAUGAGGAAAAGCAUGACUGGGUUUACCGUCAUUUAUAUUAGAAGAAUAUUACAAUUUCAAAAUUUAAUAAUAUGUAUGAGAGCCUGAAGGGUAUUUAUUAUAUAGGAGUAUUUGGGGAAUCAGAGUGUGAAUAUUUUAUUACUUAUUAUUUGGAAGAUUCUAAAUAGCCUUAAGAUUAUUUCAAAGACACUAAUUAAUUAAUUCCUUUUUAAUUGAAAUAAAACUAGAAAUAAUUAGUUACUUCAAGCAAUGAUACGAUUUGGACAUUCAGUUGCAAAACUGUUGGAAGAUUAUUAAUUUAAAUGUAAUAUCUUACUUAGAAUGUCACUAUAAAAGGUUACGAUAGGCCAGAACAAGUUAAUUCAAUAUAUACUCCUUUAGUCAUUCUAUUUCAGAAUAGCUUAUAACUGAUUGGUUACUUUCCAGUACAAAAAGUAGGCAUUUACACCAUUUAAACAUUAAUAGAAAAUUAAACAAUGCACAUAAAUUAUGAAGUUAAAUACUAAAUAAAGGCUGAAUUGAUUGGUGAAGAUUCAAUUCUGCCUGAUUUUUCAAAUUUCACCAAAAAUCAAAUAACAGAAAUAAUUACAGAAGAUGAUGAACAUAUUAUCCAUGCUGAUCCACUUAGGAUAGAUUUGAUGAAUUCAUCAUAUUAAGUUGAAUAAAUUAAAUAUCAACUUCUAUUUGUAGACUCUAAUUCAGAUAAGUCUGUCUACUUCUUAGAUACUUAUGAUAUAAACGAUCAAGCCAAGUAGAGGAGUCAAAAAUAAGCAAUUGAUACAAGAACAACCCAAAUAUCAUCCAAAAGACAGCUUGAUUCUUAUGUAUCUUUAAUGAGUUAGGGUAUUGAUUAUAUUAAUACUACAUAUUCAAUUCACGCAAUAGGUAAAGGAAUUAUUAAAUUUAGCUACUGUUACUCUGUAUAAUCUAGAAAGGAUUGA